GUGUUGGGCAGACAGAUGGGGGGCAGAGUGUGGCCGGACCCCAAAGCAGCAGGCGUGGAAAAAAGCGGGGGGGGCAAAUGGUGAUGCCAAAAAAAAAAAAAAAACAGAACAUCCCGUGGAGUUGGAGGAGAGGAUCACACUGUUGAGAUUGAUGGUCGAGGAUGACGCCCUCAUGGCCGACGUUGGGGCCCAGCAUCGGUUCAAGAAGAGGAAGGAGUGGUAUGAGUGGGUGCACGAUCGAAUGGCGGAUCAUAGGUUUCCGCACAGGUCAGCGGAGGAUUGCCAUAAAAAGUGGCAGGGCAUGAUGGCUGCAGCGAAGUUGAUUCUCAACAAGUGUGAGAAUGCUUCGGGCAAACCUUCAUACUGGGACAUGACUAUGGAGGAACGGAAGGCGGAGCAGGUGCCAGUAGGCUUUGAGAAAGCGUUAUGGGAAGCGAUUGAGUGGCAACUGAAUCGUCCCUCCAUCAAGUGUGACAACACGCUGGCGUCGGAGAACCUGUCGGGUAACGCGGGAGGGCCAUCAACGGAGACCGGUCCACCACAACCCUCGUCGGGGAAAAGUGGUUCCGACGGUAGAGCAACGGAAGAUUCCGACAAUGUAGCGAAGACGCGGAGGACGAAUACAAGUAAAGCGAGGAUGGACGACACGACCAGCGGUGGGACAGUAUUAGGGAGGGCGAUGGAGGACGCAACACGGUCGUACAACGAAGGUCUGGAUAAGGCUGCUACCACCCUGCGAAGGCGACGUCGGAGGCCGGCACAGCGAUCGCAGCGAAGAUUGGUGACGACGUCGCAGAUGCCAUGCGUGGGGGGAACACCGUCCUCGAAAUGCUUGUGGGGGUUCUUGCUAGGCGUGGGGGUGGGGGGAACAGCGGUGCACAGUGGAGGGCGGACACUGAACCCUCGUCACGUUAGCACUCGAGGAUAACAUGUCAUAAAAAAAAGGAGCACAAAUAAAAAAAGAAAAAAAAG